AUGAAUCAAAUGCAUAUGGAUCCCUCGUCUUCCAAGGAACCAGUCAUCAAGAACAAACCCUUUGAUGAAGAAGAACAUGACUCGGCCGACGAUUCGGAUAGCGAGAAACCUGCCAAGCGCUCUGGUCGUCGCAAGAUCAAGAUUGAGUACAUUGAAGACAAGAACCGUCGACAUAUCACUUUCUCAAAACGCAAGGCUGGUAUCAUGAAAAAGGCCUACGAGUUGAGCACAUUGACAGGCACCCAAGUACUUCUUUUGGUGGUUUCUGAAACAGGUCUUGUGUACACCUUUACGACUGUCAAACUUCAACCUAUUGUUACCAAGCCUGAAGGAAAGAAUUUGAUCCAAGCUUGUUUGAAUGCUCCUGAUCCUGUGCCUGCAGAGUCGUCUAAUGAUGGAGGAUACAAUAACAAUAGCAACGCGUCUCCACGAGUGGAAAAGAAUGAGGAUAAGCGAAUCGAUCCGGUAAGCCAUUCUCAGGCUGCUGCUGCUUCAGCAUAUGCUGCUGCUGCAUCCGGUGCUCCACCUCCAUCAUCUACAGCUGCUCCACCUCAUCCUUCUGCUUAUCCUCCUCAAACAUACGCUCCAGCUCCUGGUAGUGGUGGUCCUCCAAUGCCUGUUGGUGCUAAUUAUCCAAACUAUAUGGGUGCUCCUCAAUACCAACAACCUCCUCCGCAACCAUCACCACAGCAACAGCACCAUCAACAAGCAGCUACUCCACAACAACCACAACAUCCUUCACAGCAACAUUAUGGUCAACCUCCUCAACCCACUGCGGGUGGUGCUGGUGCUCCUCCUCCUCCUCCUCCAGGUGCCUCUUUCUAUAGUGCUCAACAACCUGGUGCUCAUCCAUACAUGUCUCAACAUCCAAACUAUUGGCCUGGAGCUCCUGGAGGUAUGCCACCACGUGCUGAUAAACGUGAUGAUAAUGGAAGGCCGAGACCUGGUCUCUCCAAGGAUUGA